AUGUGUUGUGCUAGGUUAUCUCAGAUGAUGAUGGUGACAAUGUUUGAGCAUGUUGGUUGUCGUUUUUGCGGUAUUUCCUUAGAGGGUGGUAUUUCCAUUUCAAGUGUUAAGUCAGGUGCAACUUCAAGAAAAUUCAAGUCAGUCAACAUCCUAUUUUCAGAAUUUCUCAGAAACUUCUCCAACCUGGAGAUUCUCAGUAACACUUCCUUCAUUGGUCAUAUUAUUGCCUUUAGCCGGAUAAUUUGGGAAAAAAUAUUCUCUGCAAUCAUCAGAUGUCAUCUUUUCAAUCAAUGGCUGCUCGUUCAUCUCCUUUGUAAGCUCAUCAUCAUUCAGAUCAAAAUUACGAGUAUGACUUGA